GCAAGAACGUGCUCCGAGAUGGCCGAGGAGAGCAGCAGCACCGGAGACGGGGUGUCCUUCAGCGUGCUCAGCUGGGACCAGGUCAGCCGGCUGCACGAGGUCCUGAAUGAGGUGGUGCCCGUCCACGGGCGAGGCAACUUCCCCACCCUGGAGAUCACCCUGAAGGACAUCGUGCAGACCGUCCGCGGGCGGCUGGAGGAGGCGGGCAUCAAAGUGCAGGACGUGCGGCUGAACGGCUCCGCCGCCGGCCACGUCCUGGUCAAAGACAACGGCCUGGGCUGCAAAGACCUGGAUCUCAUCUUCCACGUGGCUCUUCCCACCGAGGCAGAAUUUCAGCUGGUCAGGGAUGUGGUUCUGUGCUCCCUUCUGAACUUCCUGCCCGAGGGGGUGAACAAGCUCAAAAUCAGCCCGGUCACCCUGAAGGAGGCCUACGUGCAGAAGCUGGUGAAGGUGUGCACCGACACCGACCGCUGGAGCCUCAUCUCCCUGUCCAACAAGAACGGCAGGAACGUGGAGCUGAAGUUCGUGGACUCCAUCCGGCGCCAGUUUGAGUUCAGCGUGGACUCCUUCCAGAUCAUUCUGGAUUCUCUGCUCUUCUUCUACGACUGCUCCAGCCAGCCCAUCUCCGAGCACCUGCACCCCACCGUGAUCGGGGAGAGCAUGUACGGGGACUUCGAGGAGGCCUUCGACCACCUGCAGAACAGACUCAUCGCCACCAAGAACCCCGAGGAGAUCAGGGGCGGGGGGCUGCUCAAGUACAGCAACCUCCUCGUGCGGGACUUCAGGCCCACCGACCAGGAGGAGAUCAAAACCCUCGAGCGCUACAUGUGCUCCAGGUUCUUCAUCGACUUCCCCGACAUCCUGGAGCAGCAGAGGAAGCUGGAGACCUACCUGCAGAACCACUUUGCCGAAGAAGAGAGGAGCAAGUACGACUACCUCAUGAUCCUGCGCCGGGUGGUGAACGAGAGCACCGUGUGCCUCAUGGGGCACGAGCGGAGGCAGACCCUGAACCUCAUCUCCCUCCUGGCCCUGCGCGUGCUGGCCGAGCAGAACAUCAUCCCCAGCGCCACCAACGUCACCUGUUACUACCAGCCGGCUCCUUACGUCAGCGACGGCAACUUCAACAACUACUACGUUGCCCAACCUCCAGUGACCUACAGCCAGCCCUACCCUACCUGGCUGCCCUGCAACUAACCUUUGAGACCUGAGGGUUUUCACAGUGGGAACCCCCCUAGGGCGAGGGCUCUCAGGUAGGGGAGCCUCCCUCUAGAUGUAGGUGUUUGGCUUUUAAAGGGGAACUCAGCUCUGAUUCUGCUUUUUUUUCUUUGUGUGCCCAUUGGAAUGGGUCUAGAGUAUGUCAUGAGCCAACCCUGAAGGGACCCGUUAUUCCAGUGCCACUUUGGAAAAUGUUAUAGGAAGUAUGGCCUAUCCACAUCUUUCCAGGAUGGACGCUAACAUGUCACGUCCCAAACACCAGCGCAGGGGCCCCGAGCCCUGUGCAGUAAUUGAGAUUGGGGACCACGUGGGCCGCGGGUGACAAUGGCUGAGCUCCUUGUCUUCUCGCUGGAGCCUGGAGCAGGCCGCGCUGGCCCUCGCUUGGGAUUCUCAGUUACGCGGAAGUUGUGCCGAUAGUCUAUUUUCUUGUAUCAGUUUUAGUCAGGCAUAAAAUGGUAAACACGAGGGUGCUCCUGGGACUUCCUUUUUGUUCCGAGGACUCCAUGGUUUAUGUUUACUCCCUGUCAGCAGAGCUGAGGAUUUCUUUCAUCAAUAAACCGAAGCCAGUAGCUGGA